AUGUCUUCAGCUCAGGGCAAGACUGUGAUUGUCACCGGCGCCGCUGGCGGUCUCGGCAAAGCUAUCGCAACCGCCUUCCUCGAAGCCGGUGCCAAUGUUGUCAUUUGUGAUGUCCACACCGAGCGCCUCGCAUCGGUCGAAGAGGAGUGGUCCAAGACACACGCCGACAAGUUCCUGACCCGGAAGACAGACGUCACAGACGAAGCCUCUGUGCAGGCCCUCGUCGACGAUGCCGUUGCCAAGUUCGGCCGUCUCGACGUUCUCGUGAACUCGGCGGGCAUCAUGGACGGCUUUGAACCCGCCGGUGCUUGCUCCAAGGAGAAGUGGGACCGUGUGCUCAACGUCAACCUGAACGGACCCUUCCUCGGUACUAAGGCGGCCAUUGCCCAGUUUGAGAAGCAGGAGCCCGGCUGCAGUGUCAUCAUCAACAUCGGUUCCAUUGCCAGCGUCCACGGCUUCAAGGCCGGCGCUGCUUACUCGGCCUCCAAGGCCGCCCUGAUGUCGCUGACCAAGAACACGGCCGGGUAUUAUGGUGACAAGAGCAUCUACAGCAUCGGGCUGAUGCUAGGCGGAAUGGACACCAACAUCACGGACGCAUUCGGCCAGGGGAUGCACAUGGAGGCUUUCCAAAAGGUUCAGGCCUCACAAGCCCCGUUCCGCCCGGAGAUGCAGGUGCCCAUCGCCUCGGUGGCCAAGUACUGUCUUUUCCUGACCGACAAGGACAUUGCACCCUCGGCUAACGGGUCAUGUAUUAUGUUUAACAAGAACUGGCCCGAGGCGUGA